AUGUCAGACCUGUACGAACAGCGCAUGCCGCGCUGCGAAGCUGAGGCCGAAAGACUCGACGAGCAAUACUCCCUGCAUGGAGCCAACCUCGGCUACGACCUGCAUCCCAGCGUCGAGCACCGGCUGCCCGCAGACGCACGCAUCGCCGACAUAGCCACCGGCACGGGCAUCUUCCUGCGGCGAAUCGCCCCCAGCUUCCCGGACGCGGUCCUCCACGGCUACGACAUUUCCGCUGCUCUAUACCCGCCCAAGUCCGCCCUCGCGCCCAACAUCGACCUCCAAGUCCUCGACGCCAAGCAACCAAUCCCCCUCCACCUGCAGGGGCAGUACGAUGUGGUCCACGUCCGCAAUAUCUCCAUGGGCCUGAUGCCGGACGAAUGGCCGGCGCUGGUGGCCAACCUGGUCACACUGCUCAAGCCCGGCGGCGUGCUGCAAUGGGUGGAAUGCGACGCGUUGCACGUGCAGCAUCUCGGAACCAGCCAGGGCUCGACCACCGCGGCUCUGGAGACGAUGUAUGGAAUGAAUCGCGCGCUGGUCAAAUCGCGGUUCGACGGGGGCUGGACCACCUUGCCGGGGAUACUGGAGCGACUGAGACUAGUGGAUGUCGAACAUCACACUGUGGGCACGGAUCGGGUGGCCUGGACGCGGUCCAAGCUGACGGCUAAUAGUAUGACCUUUGCUUUUCUGUCUGCGCGCGCGGGGAAGGCGGGAGAUGGGUCUGCGUUGAGUGGGAAGGAGAUUGAUCGGUUGGAAGAGCAGGUGAGGAUGGAUAUCGAGUCCGGGGGCUAUUUGCGGUAUGAUAUUCAUUGCUUUCUGGCUGUUAAGCCGCAUCAUAACUAG